AUGAGGAAGCUAUGCGAGGCAGCACAAGAAGGCCGUGUUUCAAAUUUGAACACACUACUCCAGCAAGACCCAUUGAUCUUGUGCAGACUCAGUUCACAAACAACGUUCUUUGAAACUCCUUUACACAUAUCAGCUUUACUUGGCCACCUUGAAUUUACCAAAACCCUUCUUGCUCACUGCCCCAGACUCGCCCCUGAUGAGUUGGACUCAUCUCGACGCACGCCUCUUCACUUGGCUUCUGCACAAGGCCACAUCCACAUUGUGAAGGAACUGUUGCAAGCUUGUGGAGAGGCAUGUUUGGUUCGUGACCAAGAACACAGAAUCCCUCUGCACCAUGCAGUUGAUAAGAGGCAGAAGAGACUUUGUGUUGGAGCUGAUUACAGCAAGGCCAAAGUCUUUGAGCUCACAUGA